AUGGGAGAAAUUAACUGGGACAAUUUCAGCUUUGAUGACAUCUUUGGAGAUGAUAGUAAUUACAGUUACAGUACUGGCAUGCCUUCUGUGCUGUCAGAUUCUGCCCCAUGCCGGCCAGAAUCCCUUGAAAUCAACAAGAAUAUUAUUAUCACCAUCUAUGCCCUGGUGUUCCUGCUGAGCCUGCUGGGAAACUCCCUGGUGAUGCUGGUCAUCUUAUACAACCGAAUCAGCCGCUCUGUCACAGAUGUCUACCUGCUGAACCUGGCCAUGGCUGACCUACUCUUUGCCCUGACAUUGCCCAUCUGGGCAGCCUCCAAGAAAAAUGGUUGGACUUACGGCACACCCCUAUGCAAGGUGGUCUCGCUCCUGAAGGAAGUCAACUUCUACAGUGGUAUCCUGCUCCUGGCCUGCAUCAGUGUGGAUCGCUACCUGGCCAUUGUCCAUGCCACACGCACACUGAUCCAGAAGCGCCACUUGGUCAAGUUCAUAUGUCUGGGCAUCUGGGCAUUGUCUCUGUUUCUGUCCCUGCCCAUCUUCCUCUUCCGCAAGGCCUUUACCCCACCCAAUUCCGGCCCAGUGUGCUAUGAGGAUAUUGGUAACAAUACAACAAAAUGUAGGCUUGUGCUCCGGAUCCUGCCCCAGACCUUUGGCUUCAUCCUGCCACUGCUGGUCAUGCUGUUCUGCUAUGGAUUCACCCUGCGCACACUGUUUGAGGCCCACAUGGGGCAGAAGCACAAGGCCAUGAGGGUCAUCUUUGCUGUCGUGCUCGUAUUCCUGCUCUGCUGGCUGCCCUACAACCUGGUUCUUGUCACAGACACUCUCAUGAGGGUUGGUGUGAUCCAGGAGUCCUGUGAACGCCGGAAUGAUAUUGGCCGGGCCCUAGCUGUCACUGAGAUUCUGGGCUUCCUCCACAGUUGCCUCAACCCCCUCAUCUAUGCUUUCAUUGGCCAGAAGUUCCGACAUGGACUCCUCAGGAUCAUGGCCACCCAUGGCCUGAUCAGCAAGGACUUCUUAGCCAAAGAUGGCAGGCCUUCCUUUGUUGGCUCUUCUUCAGGGAACACUUCUACUACCCUUUAA